UAAUUGUAGGGGGGGUGGGAGGGUGGGGAGGGGGGCCACAACAUUUGUUGCCGGUAAAAAUGAGCUGAGAGACAGCUCGCACGGGUUGUGACAAGGGUGCCGAGUGGCGUCUUGAUCCGCCGGAGUCACGCGUAACAGAGGAGGAGCAGGUGGAUUGGUGGAUGGAAAGACAGAUGGACGCGCUGCGUAAAGAUACCGAGGCACGAUGGACUUGAUACGAGGAGGACGUUGUCUUUUUCAAAAUGUAUCUCUCCCUUCAUCUGCGAUGUGAUACACUGCAAAGCCCUCUGCCAUAUUUUAGCUCUCUUUGAUUCAGCAAUUAUGGCGUUGGAUCAGUGGUCCUUCCUCUCACCUCCACCCAACAUGACUAUCCCCGAGCCUCUCCUCUACGACAGCUACCUCCAGGGGAACGAGUCAGACCUGGACCUAAACCUGACAGUGGAGACGAGGGAACCCCACCAGGACAAGACCAGCUCCGUCGUCAUCACCUUCAUCUACUUCAUGGUUUGCGCUGUGGGGCUCUGCGGCAACGCCCUGGUCAUCUACGUCAUCUUACGUUACGCCAAAAUGAAGACGGUGACCAACAUAUACAUCCUCAACCUGGCAGUGGCGGACGUGCUGUGCAUGAUGAGCCUGCCGUUCAUUGCCUUGCAGCUGGCGUUGGUGCACUGGCCAUUUGGCGAGGCGCUGUGCAGGGUGAUCAUGACUGUAGACUCUCUCAAUCAAUUCACCAGCAUAUUUUGCCUCAUGGUUAUGAGCAUCGAUCGAUACCUGGCCGUGGUUCACCCUAUUAAGUCGACAAAAUGGCGGAAGCCCCGGGUAGCCAAGUUAAUCAACAUGACAGUGUGGGGCGUGUCACUGUUAGUCAUCCUACCUACUAUGCUCUUCAGCGGUCUGGACAAGGUACCAGUAUGUGGGAUCGUUUGGCCCGAGCCCCAGGAUGUCUAUUACACCGCCUUCAUAUUUUAUACCUUCUUCAUUGGAUUCUUUCUGCCCCUGGCCGUCAUAUGUCUGUGUUACCUGCUCAUCAUAGUCAAGGUGAAAUCAUCGGGCAUGCGAGUAGGUUCAACCAAGCGCAAACGUUCCGAACGUAAGGUGACGCGGAUGGUCUCCAUCGUGGUCGCCGUGUUCGUCCUUUGCUGGCUGCCCUUUUACGUCUUCAACGUCACCUCGGUCACCAGCUCCAUCAACCCCACGUCUGCCGUGAAGAGCACCUUCGACUUUGUAGUGGUGCUGGGCUACGCCAACAGCUGCGCCAACCCCAUCCUCUACGCUUUCCUGUCAGACAACUUCAAGAAGAGUUUCCAGAAGGUGCUGUGUCUCAAAAAGGUGGCAGGCCUUGAUGAGCUCGAGCGCAGUGACAGCAGGGUGGACAGGAGCAGGAUGGUCAACAACGCGCUGAUCAUCAACGCCAACUUGGAGGCACACAACGCAGCGCUGCUCAAUGGAGAGCUGCAGACCAGCAUUUGAGAGCAGAGGAACAGAAGCGCAAGAGCCUGAGAGACGAAAGGGUCUGCUUAUACCACUGAUCGCUACUCGGACAUACAGAGGGCUGAUGUAAUAGCCGACCGUCCUAUGGACUCUGGCACAUGAAGUAAGUGAAAUCUAAACAAUUUCACAACAGAGGCCAGAGAAGGUGAAUUGACCCGAGUUUACAACUGUUUGAAUGGAUGAGGCAACCUGAUCUCAUUGACCCUGAGCGCUGAAUAACACACAGCAGGUGGCUCGACAGAAAUCAAACAUAAGUUGGACCAACGCUUACGUCACUAACUUGAAAACAAGACCUAACUUUGGCUCGUGCUGGCAAAUUGUGCUCUCUGGAUCUGCUGAUAGAAGGGCUACUUUACUGCUCAAUAGUGUGUGAGGGAGAGACACCCAUCUCGUGGGAGAUGUUUGGAAACGCAAUGUCAUUAGGCACUGUUUUCAUUAAAAGGGAGACAUGCUGACAAAGCCAAACAGUUUAGUGGAUGACGACGGAGCAACCCUCGAAAGAUAAAACUCAAACCUAGAAAAAAUAAAUAAGAAAUAAUGGUAUAUGGUAAUGAUCUGUUACACCAGCCUUGUCUUUAGAAGAUUAUCAGAGAAACAAAUGGCAAACCCUUCACAACACCACGUUAUUUCCCAAUGACGAAGGACGCUGGCGGCUUGCCGAGGGACGCCACACUGAUCUGUAAACUCCUCAAUGGUGGGAUAGUGAAAGAAAUUGGCAACCUGACUUGAUUCAAAACAGCUUGUGCUUGUAAAUACGAACAGGAUUUUUGCCAAACUGGUGCAUGUGCAAACAUGGGUGGGCCAACCAAAAAGGUCAGUAAAAUAUUGUCCUGUUGUGGCAUGUCUUUGGAACCUUUUACUAUGUACUUGACAUUUUGCUAAAUCCUGCUUCUUAACGUCAUUGUGCACUAUUCCCUUUUUUUAUGCAGAGCUCAUUUAAAAAAAAUUCAAUAAAAUAAAAAAUUACAUGUAAAGGUUCCUCUUUACAGUGAUCACCGCUCUCAGCCUCUCAAUUGGUUUACCCUUCAGAAAUUCAGUUUAAAGUGAGUGCGUGCCAAUGUGUAAAACAUGUUACCGUAUGUAACUAUAUAUAUUACAAUAUAUGGAUGCUGGAGUAUUCAGAUCAACUGAAGAAUCAAGGCACCCCUGCUAACCCCUCUUUUAUCCACUUAUUAAUUAAAUUCUCUAAUUAUGUACAUCAUAUUUGUAUUGUGACCUGACUGUACAUAUAAUUUCCUAAUUACAGGACCUCAUAAAUGUACUGCUAAAUUUACCAUCACCAAAUUGACCAUUGAUCUGUAUGCCCUAUUGAAACGGUUUCAUUGGGCCUUAAUGAGGUACUGAAUAUAAUGCUGUGUCUCAUUUCCCGAGUGGCAUCCUCUGGAUGCCCAUCCUACUUACUGCAUGUUGGCGCCCCCCCCCCCCCCCCCCCAAGCCACAUCAACCCUUGUUUAAUGCGGCGAGAGAUUUCAAGAUUUCCUAGUCGCUUUAACUGUUCCGGUUUAAAGUGACCCAUUUGAAAGUCGAAGAAAUACAAUUAAAGAUAAAGUUGAAAUAUUUUUUUGGGGGGUAUGAAACUGUUUAGUAAUGUAGGAAACACAUGGAAACACAAACAAUGGCAAUUGGGAUGUUUCUGACCCGAAACAUGCCCCAAGUCAAAUUGAUCCAGGAACGUUAUUGCUGUUCCUGACAAAGACAAUAACAACAACAACAAAACAUAAGAGCAGGAUUAAUAAUAUCAUAAAUUUAGCAGAGGUUUUAAGGGUCACAAGUUUAAGAUAGCUGACGUUAAAUGUUCAAAUGACUGCAAACCUAAUAUUGGAUUUACAUUUGUGCCUAUAUACUUCAGCUAUUCUUAAAGACGGAGCAGUGGCACACAAAGAAUCUUGGGAUAUGCAUCCUGCAAAAAUACUGAUAAAAUUGCUGCAUUUAAAACAGCCUUGUUGUGGCGUAAUCACAAUGACCUCUCAAGGGUAUAACCCUUUACGGUGGCACAGCUAAUGUUACCUUUAUUGCAUUUGGCAAGUUCUACAAGAAUUCAUAGCUGGUGCUAAAUUUCAUCAAAUGGAUCAUUUUCAAACUCCGAAGUAACUCAAAAGGAACCAUGAAUGCUAUGCCGGUAUUGUUCCCUGGUACUGAGUCGUAAAGAACUGUACAAUUAUUGUGAACUGCUGUGUUUUGUGGCAAUAUAAAGUGCUGAGGGCGUUUUUUGUAGGCUUUAGUCUAAAAUGCAUCAUUGCGAGGAUUUCCGCUUGUGCACGGAGGCCAAAGUAAAGGAUGCUUGCUGCCUUGUAUGUCUGCAAGUCACAACCCGUAAAAAUAGUAAUUUAUCUCCGUCGUUUGUUAGCUUAAGCUUAUCAAUUAAAGAGCAAAAACAUACACACGUGUCGAACACUCUCCGUAACUUUAAAACUAGCCCCGUCUCAACAUACAAAGAUCUUACAACUUUCGAGCUCUAGCACUUCAACAUACUUCCUUGAUAUCAAUUACUACUUUCCUAUUAGCAAGAGCUUCUGCACCAUCUUGUGGCAUCAUAGGGCAGUUUUUUCAGUGACUAGAGAGAAAAACAUGUUGUUCCCUGCAUAGUUUUUGACCUGAUGGUCAUCCCUUCCCCAAGGACCACUAUAAAGGUAUCAUGAUAUUCAAUGAAAGUACAAACAAGUCAAGUGAAAUUUCUUUCAAUAUAAGAAAAUGUAAUUUUAACACUGCCUGGUCUUCAAAUGAAAGCACUAUAGAAAUUGUUUUGCAAGUAUGUUGCCAAAUCACCAAUUCUGGACCAAUAUUAGCCCAUGCCACUGAUAAUUUAGAAGUGGAACCUUCGCCCAAACGAUAUUGUUCUAAAUCACCACCACACCGAGCAUUUUGAGGAAAAAAAAAGUUACUCACUGAAAUACGAUUGCUCUUUUAGCUUUAGCAAGCUGUGUGUAACGUGACCUUGUUUUAAUGUCAAUCAGGACGUUUUCUGAGGCUCUGUCGAAAAACAAGGUCAUCCUGCCGUGUCGGGUUGGCUUUGUCGCAGAUUGCUACUUCAGUCAGGACCCAUCAGUUGGCAAAAAAGAGAUUUCAUUUAUUAAUGAAAUUUAUGAUUCAAUUUAUAUCAUGUACUGUACCAGACUUAUGUCCAUUGAUGACAAACGUGACAGAUAAUUGUCCUCGCCAACUGAUAUUUCAUAGCAACCCCCUCCCCCCCAAAAAGUACUCUUAGCCACACAUUUGCAUGUUUCUGGGGCCCGAGAGCUAUGAAUACAAGGUAUCUGAAUUAUGAACGACUUUGAUAUCACGGGUAUUUUUGAAUCUCAGCCAAUUUUGCUAUUGUUUGCACACUGGGAAGCUACUUUUGGGCUCAAUCAGCUAGGUCUGAUUAGUAAGUGGUUUUACAUAAUGGACCAAACGCUCACAUGUUUGCAUAUAAUGUCUGCAUACAACGAUAAAAUGACUGGCUCCCUCCAUUGCAUCGCGCAGAUGUAAACUCCUGCAUUGGCAUUCGACAUUCGGGGGGGGGGGGGGGGGGGGGGGGGGGGGUGCAUUUGUGUUGAAAUGCUCCAUGACACAAUUCAAGGUUGUGUAUGAGUGGAACAAUUUUUCGGAUGGAUGCCAUUCUGUAUAUAAAACCGAAUUCUUUUAGUCAUACUUUCUUGUGAGCGCCAUCAUCAUUUCACGAUUACUUAUAAUCCCCUCUGUAGGUCCAACUCCUCAUUUGCUUUGCAUGCACAGAAUAAUGUAAACUAAUGAACGUCUUGUUGAGAAAUUGCAGUGAACCACACUGAAAAGAACACACCAAGACUUUCCCAUGCCAUUGGAUGUUUGGACAUAAUGUCCUAAAUGGGCCGUUGUGAUGUUUAAUUGACUUUGACAAGGCUAUUUGAACCAAAACUAAUGUAAAUGUAGCGUAAUGAUAUGUUGCAUGUAGACACCCAGAUCUUUUUUUUUUUUUGUGCGUGCAAAGAAGUCCUAAAGAUCUCAAAAUGAGGUCACAUUGUAAAAUAGUUUUCCAUCCAUUCAUUUGGAUUGGCAUGUAGUGCUUCUGCUCCACUGUUUCACAUUUCCAGACCAUAUGUGCAAAGGGCAUUUGUCUAGAUGUCUGGCUACCAAUGUGUAGUGUAAAAAUGUAAGGAAGAAGCUAAGGGCCUUUUCGCCUUCUAUUUUUUUUUUUUAAUUUUAUUAUUUUGAAAUACAUCUUAUUUGUGAAGGGCUCCAAUGUGCACAGAUGAUGCACUGUGCAAUAUUAAGUCUGGAUUGUAUUUAUGAAAAAGCUUUGCUGCGUCUUGCAUGGGAAAGGGUGGCACAUUUUAACCUGUGUGUCACCACACACAUCACAGUUACACAAACACUGUGUGCUACAUACACUUCCGACUUUGUAGCUUGAUGCAAUUUUUCAUUGAAUUCAUGAAUAAACUGUAGGAUUCACUAAGUGGAACGCUGCAAAAGCGGUACAAUUUGAAAUUCACCAAAAAUAAUUGUGAAAAAAUAUGCUGUUAAAACCAUUGUCAUGUGCGACAUCCCGCAAGAUCUCAUCAAAUCUCGUAAAAAACGUCAGCUCAUUAAACACAGGGUGAAGCAAAGGGUCUCCAACUUAAUGGGCUCUAGACAGCACAGCUGCGUUUGAGCAGAAAAAGUGCCAUAUCUUGAUUUUUGUGCAAGCGUGUGUGCCAAUUUGGUAGACCGGUUUGCGACAAGCUGGGCGUAUUGGCGUAAGGAGGGCGUGUCCUUGGAGAUGUGCUUGGCGGAGAGAGAAUUGGAUGGAUGUAUAAAAUUGCUGUUAUUUGUACAACAGAUACAUAUUACAUUGGCAGGAAAAUGAUCACAUUGGCCGACUGGUUAGCAUAUCUGCCUCACAGUUCUGAGGACCCAGGUUCAAUCCCCGGCCCCGCCUGUGUUCUCCCCGUGCCUGGGUGGGUUUUCUCCGGGUGCUCCGGUUUCCUCCCACAUCCCAAAAACAUGCAUGCUAUGUUAAUUGGAAACUCUGAAUUGCCCGUAGGUAUGAAUGUGAGCGCGAAUGAUAGUUGGUUUCCAUGUGCCCUGCGAUUGGCUGGCGACCGGUUCAGGUGUGCUUGCACUCGUCCAUGAAAGUCUCCGAGCACCUGGUCGAUGAGUCGCCCGCGGACAACAUGAUGGCUACCCCUGAUCGAAAGGGUUAACUCUACACGUGUGUUUUGCUUUUACUAUAGCUUUUUCUCAAUAUAUGAUGCCACCGCCGAAAUCAACGAGGAAAACAGGGAUGAAGACAUGUAGAACCAGAAAAAGCAGAAAAGGUGUAACUGUGUAGUUACUUAGAGCUCUCAAUGCCAUGAGGCACAUUAGGCCGCAUUUGCAGUUUCAGUAAUCUGUAGUUUUUUACAGGAGCAGGUGAUUGGCCCACUGCCCAACCCCAGCACCCGGUAUUCCUAAGCGGUCUCCCAUUCAAGUACUAACCAAGACUGACCCCGCGUAGCUUCCGAGAUCAGACGAGAUCGGGCAGCAUGUGGGGAUCGGGUAACUGGCAACUGUUUAGUACAAUAUGAGAAACAAAAUUAAAUAUCAAUGAGGGAAAUUUCUAUUUAUUUAUUAUUCUUUUUUUUUUAACCAAGCAGCAGCUAACAUAAAUAUCAUUAGCUUCAUGGAAAUGAGCAAAGAAGCUUGCCAAACCAAACAAACAAAGUGCACAUUUUUAUCUUUCGUGUCUGUCGAGUGUCCUCAUAGGUCAAGUAGUUUGACUAAUUUUAAUUCUAUUUUACAGUAGUUAUUUCUCAUUCAAUGAUUUACUGUGGGAACGAUUAUUAUAGGAAUUACAAGUCAACCAGGGUUACAGAAUGGAUUGUGUUCAACUUUGGAGGUUUCACUGUACUUUUCCAUGCAGUGUAUUUACUCAGUGUGCCUUGUAACUCAUCAUGAUGUUUAAUAUCAGUGUACAUCAAGCAACACUGUUUCCCAAAUGCCUUUGUACAAUUGACAGGAUGAGCAAAACAUACAUGUCAUUUUCCCCAGAUUAAAUUGUUUAUGUUGUUGUUUAUGUAUGUAAAUUGUGACUACAUUGUUGGCAUAUAUUGUAUUAGAAAAUCAUUGAUUGUAUUGGACAAUCUAAUGUCCUUUUCUGCGAUUAAAAAACAGGCCACUUGCUGCCCCCA